UUUAAGUAUAAAUGUAUAAAAUCUCAUCUGUCAUCUGUGCAUCACAAAUCUCUCUCAAUCUCAACUCUCAAGUAUCGUUUCCUCUUUUCAGAUAUAAUAAUAAUAAUAAUAAUAAUCUUUGUUGAUUAAAAGUGAACUCCUGAAGAAAUGGAGAUUCCGGAGCAAAUCGAUUACUUGGAAUCGGAGACUGAUUCUUAUGAUUCAGAAGAUGACCCGGCCUUUGAUAUUCUCGAAGAAAGCCGAUCCAAACUUUCUAAGCUCUCGAUUAAAAGUAAAACUCAAUCAAGCAUCAGCAUUGAAAUUGAUGAUGAAACUGAGGAUUCCACCGGAAAUGUUGCGACGGAGAAUGACCAACAAGGUUAUGACAUUGUUCAGAAAUGUAUCCAAGCUGGUCAGGUGGAUAAACUUAAGGUGGAUCAGUGUAAGCUUUAUCUAAGGAAACAUGGACUACGGUUGACUGGCAAAAAGGAUGUUCUCAUUCAGCGAAUCAAGGAACAUCUUGAUAUUGUCAAUGGAGGUGGAGAAGUGAAGUACCCACCAUCAAGUUUUAUACUCAACUGUAAAGGUGAUGCAUGCAUGGGAGAUGUUGUUAUGUUUGAACAAACAGUUUAUGAAAUGUUCAGCAUUGCAUCUAGGAGCUCUGUUGGUCCUCCUGUUGGUAUAAGGACUGUUGCCGGACGCAUUGUGAAAGAAAGCUAUGGUGCUGCCAAGCAACAACACACAUUUACAGUUGAAGUAUUAUGGAGCAAAGGUGUGAGACCUCACCCUCCACUUCAUCCCCUCCUCAUCAAGGGCAGAAAUCUCUACAAGUUGAAAACAAUGAGACAGAGAUGGCAAGAUGAAGGAGAGAGGCAAAAGAUAUUGUUGGAAAAACACAGUAGAGGGACUAUAGCUCGGUCGAAUAGGGACACUCGAAUGCAAGAAAAUGAAGCGAAGAAGAUGCUCAAAACAAAUAGGUCAAUGAAGUCGGAAAAUCAGAACAAGAAAAUAAGAGAGGCGAAGACAUCAGAUACUUCAGUGUCUCUAGCAAAUAACUCAAUGGCAUGGCAUCAACUGAACAACCAGCAAAAUCUGCAUCCAAUGUAUCAAGUCCCGCUUGUUAAUGUAGCAGUUACGAGGGUGCAGCCUUUAAUGCAGAAGAGCAGUCAACCUGAACACGUGGAGCAGAAGAAAUGCUUGUACUCAGCACCAUCAGAAGCCUCCUAUGGAGGUGGAACUUCAUUAUUUCGAAAUGCAAAUGUAGCUCCAGAAAGGUUUUGUGAUAGACAAGUUUUGGCCAACAUAAAUCAGAAUUCUUAUGGUUAUCAACACAACAUGAUUCAUAAUCAAGGUCACGGGCAAUUUCUGCUACAAAGAACAAGUGCUACUGCAACUUCAACAGGAAAUCCUUACCAGAAACCGAUGAAUGGAGGACGACAGCUCUGCAGACACUAUGCUCGAGGAAGGUGUUAUUAUGGAGAGAAGUGCAAGUUCCUUCACGAAUGCUGAAACGACGGUGAUGGCAAUUGUUAAGAUAAACUGAUGACAUUGUGCCAUCUAGGUUGAUUAAAAUGGUUGAAUUGUUUUCAAGUACACUGCAUUUUGUGGUAAACUGAGCUGCUUUAUUAGGCUUCCAGGGGAAAGGCAGUUUGGGUAAAAAUCUUGUACGGAAUUUGAGGUUUUGAACCAAAGCUGUUCUACAUUUAUCAAAUUGGUGCGCAGAAGCUUUAGAUUUUUAAA